GCAGCCACGAGCAGCGCCCCAGGUGGGCAGGAGGCGGCGGUACCUGCCCGGGGCCCAGGGUCGGUCCACCCGCCGCGCUGCGCCCAGUGAGGGCGAAACGGAGGGAUUGCUUGGAGAAGUGGUGCGUCGUGGACGGGUCGCUGAUGAAGAAAGACACAGUGUUCCAGCAGUCCCUGAGCUGAAAGGGGCCGGAGAGCGCCGGCAUGGGCUCGGAGCUGCCCGCACCUUGGCUGCUGCUCUUCACCUGGCUCCCAACAGGCUGCAUGUCCUUGCUGGUGACGGUCCAGCACACAGAGCGCUAUGUUACCCUGUUUGCCUCGGUUAUCCUCAAAUGUGACUACACCACCUCUGCCCAGCUCCAGGAUGUGGUGGUGACGUGGCGCUUCAAGUCCUUCUGCAAAGACCCCAUCUUUGACUACUACUCUGCAUCAUACCAGGCAGCUUUGUCCCUGGGCCAGGACCCGUCCAAUGACUGCAAUGACAGCCAGCGGGAGGUUCGCAUCGUGGCCCAGCGGCGGGGGCAGAGUGAACCUGUGCUGGGGGUGGAUUACCGGCAGCGCAAGAUCACCAUCCAGAAUCGAGCAGAUCUGGUGAUUAAUGAAGUGAUGUGGUGGGACCAUGGAGUGUAUUACUGCACCAUUGAGGCCCCAGGGGACACGUCAGGAGACCCAGAUAAGGAAGUGAAGCUCAUCGUCCUGCACUGGCUGACCGUGAUCUUCAUUGUCCUGGGAGCCCUCCUCCUGCUCCUGCUGAUUGGAGUGUGCUGGUGCCAGUGCUGUCCCCAGUACUGCUGCUGCUACCUCCGCUGCCCCUGCUGUCCCAACCGCUGCUGCUGUCCCCAGGAAGCCCUAGCCCGCCACCGCUACAUGAAGCAGGCUCAGGCCCUAGGCUCUCAGAUGAUGGAAAAACCCCUGUACUGGGGGGCGGACAGGAGCUCCCAGUUUUCUUCUUAUCCAGUGAACCCACUGCUGCAGCGAGAUUUGUCCCUGCGAUCCAGCCUCCCCGAGGUGCCAGUGACCCAGGCAAUCGCUCACCCUCCCAUCCCCAGUGGUGUCCUAGAGUAUUUGGAGAAGGAGCUGCGGAACCUCAACCCAGCCCAGCCUCUGCCGCCUGACCUCCAGGCCAUAUCUGGCCACCCCUGCAGCAUCCUGUCCUCCCUGGGCUCUGAGGUUGUGGAACGCAGAGUUAUCCACCUGCCUCCCCUGGUCAGAGGCCUCCCAGCUUCGCGGAGGACCAGCAGCUCCUCCCGCCAGCAGUGGCUCCCCACACCGCCAUCUCCCCCCAGACCCUGGGAUCUGAGGGAGGGGAGAAGGCAGCACCGCUACUCUGAUUUCCACCAGGAGCUCCGGGAUCCUGAGGCUCAGUGCUGGGAGUUGGAGCAAAGGGAACUGGACCGACUGCGGCGUGGGAGGCACCGUGGCUCCAGGCAUCGCUGGUCACCCAGGCCCUGGUCGGACAGGGACAGCCUCAGCGACGGCGAUGGCCCCUCAUCCAGUGAGGCCCACUGGCGGCCCCACCGCCCCCCUCUCCGGAGCCGCUAUCCAGAGAGAGAUCCUCGCAAGCCCAGCCCCAAGGAAAGCGCUCAGGGGCACCGGAGGCGCAGGCCCCGCAGCUACUCCCCUCCCCUGGCCUCUGGCCUCAGUUCCUGGAGCUCUGAGGAGGAGAAGGAGAGGCAGCCCCAGAGUUGGGGGACCCGCCGCCAUCGUCGCUCAUGUUCCCCAAACUGGCCUGAGGAGAAGCCACCCAGCUACCGCUCACUGGAUGUCAGCUCAGGCAAGAAUGGCAAGAAAAAAGGGAGUGUGAAGAGGCGCUUGGAGAGAGAGAGCUCCCAUAGUGGAAGGAGUGUGGUCAUUUAGUCACCAGGCACAACACUGCUUCUGUGGCGACUUCUCAGCUCCUGUGUGUCAGCAGCAGCAUCUAGACUUCCAGUUGACUUGAGAUGGACAUUGCAAGUUUGUAUCUUUGGCUUAGAUUCUGAGAAUCAGAUGGAAGAAUUUUAUAAACAAAGUUUGAGGAGUUAAUGACUGGUGUUUUAACCUUGGUACAUACUCUGCAUGUUCAGGUAGUCAGACUUGUAAUGAAUCCUAACUGGGAUGUGAUUCCCUCAGGAACUUAGUAACCUGAGUCUUCAACUGGGUCACACUGCUCAGAACUGUGGCCAUUCUCAAGGUGAGAACUCAGGAAUCUUUAAGAGGAAAUCAAACAUGUCUCAGAGCAAGAAAUCUAUGGAGUACUAUAAGGAAAUUUCCAUGGAACCUUGUCUCCCCCGAUAGCAUAUCUAGAGGAUCCCUUCAUGUUAUGAGUCCACUUUACUGCCCCUAAGACUGGUCCUGAGUGCCUUUGAGGGUUCACGCCGAGAUGGCACAGGAAAUGUUCCAGCAAUGUGCCCUCUCACAGGCUAUUUAUUGCAAGUGUACAAAGUCACAGAGAAGCACUUUUGCGCCAGUUUUAUUCCUUUCCUUUGUUUUCUUCUUGCUUUUUUCUUUUUUUGCCUGUAUCUAUAUAUUUUUUUAUAUAGUAUGUAUCCAUUAAAAUCACUUUAAAUGCUUUUGGGGAAUAGCAUAAUACAUAAAUAAAUAAGAAGUGAAAGGUACUUACUUGAGGAUUCUGUCCUAGAUAUCUAUUUUAAUGCACUUGAAAUUAAGCCUUCUCUGACUAAGGCUCAGAGAAGAGCCAGAUCAACCUGAUAGUUGUGGAACCACCUUUCUCUUGGCACCAUUGAGCCUUGCAGGGUGGGGAUUUUCCAAGUAAAGGCAUCCAGACAGGUUUUGCCACUCGGUGCCCCAGGAGGAAGGAUCUGUGCCUCUCUGUAACAAGCCCUACAUCUCUCUCAUUUUCCUUAGGCCCCUCUGGUGUCUUCAUGAAUCCAUUUGUACUUCAUGUAGAGACUCUCCUCCAGCAGACCAUAAGGAGAUGUCCUGAGAUGAAGUGUGUGUGAAUGUAUGUGUGUUCCUCAACAGUAUCUUUGUGUGUAUGGCCUUAAGCUCAUUUUAGAUCCUUUUGUAUUGACAUCUAUUUUUUCUCCAUCCAUUUUUCUCAUUAAUUACAUACUGGAGAAAACUGAUAAAUGCCUGCACUGGGCAAAUGUUUCUUUGAGAUUAUUUUAAUGUCCAUAAUGUAACCGAGUCUAAAUUGGCAAAAUAGAAAAAAAAUUAAAAUUUUAAUAGAUAAUUCAGUAACUGAGAGACUUCUGGUCUAGACAAGCUGACAUAGACCUCUUUUCCUCUGCUCUUCCUCACUAAACACAACUUUAUAAA